GCCGCUGCGAGGGGCCCUCCCGGCCCCGACACAAAGACGAGGGCGGGUGCGGCGGUGGCAGCUCCGGCCCGCCACCCCCCGGCACCACAUGGCGGCGGAGCUGCGGCCGCGCCUGGCGCCGCCCCCGCGGAGCUAAGUGAGGGCCCGCUCCGCCGCGCUCCCUCCUCGUUCCUCUCCCAUCCGGCACCUCCAGGAGGAGCGGGGCCGGGCCCCGAGCGCCAUGCUGCCCCCGCUCCGCCGCGCUCCGUGCCGCCCGCUUCGUCCCCGUGCCCGCCGCCCUGCGCGCCUCCUGGCCGCGCUUCUUCUCCUGGCGGCGCUGAGGGGCGGCGGUACCGCGCUGCCCCCGGGCUGUAAGUACGACGGGCGCCCCAAAAGCUCCGGCAAAGCGGCAGCUGGCGGCCCGCUGGAGGUGAAGGUGGUGUGCAGCAACCUGGAGCUCGCUCACGUCCUGCCUCCCGAGGCACUGCCCAACCGGACGGUCACGCUGAUUCUGAGCAACAAUAGAAUAACCGAGCUGAAGAAUUGUUCCUUCUCUGGAUUAAACCUUCUUGAAAGAUUGGACCUUAAGAACAACCUUAUAAGUACUAUAGAUCCAGGAGCUUUUCUGGGGCUUUCAUCUCUGAAAAGACUAGACUUAACUAAUAACAGAAUAGGCUGCCUGAAUGCAGACGUAUUUAAAGGACUUGUAAAUCUUAUUAGACUAAAUCUUUCUGGAAAUCUGUUUUCUACGCUUACGCAGGGAACGUUUGAUCAUCUUGGUUCACUAAAGUCUCUAGAAUUUCAGACUGAUUAUCUACUUUGUGAUUGUAACAUACUCUGGAUGCAUCAAUGGCUAAAAGAAAGAAAUAUAACUGUACGUGAGACUAAGUGUGCCUAUCCCAAGUCACUUCAGUCACAGACAGUGACUGGUGUUAAGCAAGAGCUUCUAACCUGUGAACCUCCUCUUGAAUUACCGUCUUUCUAUAUGACUCCAUCUCACCGCCAGGUUGUUUUUGAAGGAGACAGUCUACCCUUUCAAUGUAUGGCUUCAUAUAUUGAUCAAGACAUGCAAGUCUUGUGGUAUCAAGAUGGAAAAAUUGUGGAAACAGAUGAGUCCCAGGGUAUUUUUGUUGAAAAAAAUAUGAUUCAUAACUGCUCCCUGAUUGCAAGUGCACUGACAAUCUCAAACAUUCAGGCUGGCUCCACAGGAAACUGGGGCUGCCAUGUACAAACCAGACGUGGAAAUAAUACGAGGACAGUAGACAUUGUGGUAUUGGAAAGUUCUGCACAAUACUGCCCUCCAGAGAGAGUUGUGAACAAUAAGGGAGAUUUCAGGUGGCCUAGAACAUUGGCAGGCAUCACAGCGUACCUGCUGUGUACACGUUACUCUGCUGGCAGUGGGAUAUAUCCUGGCAACUCACAAGAUGAGAGAAGAGCUUGGCGCAGAUGUGACAGGGGAGGAUACUGGGCAGAAGAGGACUAUUCUAGGUGCCAAUAUGCAAACGAUGUGACCCGAGUUCUCUACAUGUUCAAUCAGAUGCCGCUCAACCUCACUAAUGCAUUGGCAACAGCAAGACAGCUCUUGGCUUACACUGUUGAAGCAGCAAAUUUUUCUGAUAAGAUGGAUGUUAUUUUUGUGGCUGAAAUGAUAGAGAAAUUUGGAAGAUUUGCAGAAAAAUAUAAAGAGCUUGGUGAUGUGAUGGUGGACAUAGCAAGUAACAUUAUGUUGGCUGAUGAACGUGUUCUGUGGAUGGCACAAAGGGAAUCCAAGGCUUGCACUAGAAUUGUACAGUGUCUACAAAAAAUUGCUAUGUAUCGGCUUGCAAAUGGAGCUCAGGUUUAUUCUACUUAUUCUCCAAAUAUUGCUCUUGAGGCUUAUGUAAUAAAGGCUGCUGGGUUCACUGGCAUGACGUGCACCGUAUUUCAGAAAGUGGCUACAUCAGACCGUACAGGACUCAGUGAUUACGGGAGAAGAGAUCCAGAUGGAAAUCUAGAUAAGCAACUAAGCUUUAAGUGCAAUGUUUCAAAUACACUGUCAAGCUUGGCUUUAAAGAAUACAAUCAUUGAGGCUUCUAUCCAGUUGCCAGCUUCCCUUUUCACCCAAAAGCAAAAAAGAGAAAUCAGACCAGCAGAUGAGUCUGUCUACAAGCUUCAGCUUAUUGCAUUUCGCAAUGGAAAGCUUUUUCCAGCAACAGGAAAUUCAACAAACCUUGCUGAUGAUGGGAAACGUCGUACAGUUGUGACACCAGUCAUUCUUACCAAGAUAGAUGGUUUGAACCCAGCCAGUCACCAUGUUCCUAUAAAUGUGACACUGAGACGCAUUGCACAUGGAGCAGAUGCUGUUGCAGCUCAGUGGGACUUUGAUCUACUGAAUGGACAAGGGGGAUGGAAGUCUGAUGGCUGUCGCAUUCUUCUGUCUGAUGAAAACAUUACUACCAUUCAGUGCUACUCCCUCAGCAACUAUGCAGUUUUAAUGGACUUGACAGAAGCUGAAUUAUAUACACAGCCAGCUGAUCUUUUGCAUCCAGUAAUUUAUGCCACUGCCAUGGUUUUGCUAAUGUGCCUCUUGAUGAUCAUAGUCAGCUACAUAUACCAUCACAGUGUGAUCAGGAUCAGCGUGAAAAGCUGGCAUAUGCUGGUUAACCUGAGUUUUCACAUUUUCCUGACGUGUGUGAUGUUCAUUGGAGGCAUAACUCAGACCAGGAAUGCCAGCAUUUGCCAAGCAGUUGGGAUAAUUCUCCAUUAUUCCACUCUUGCAACAGUACUGUGGCUGGGAGUGACAUCUCGUAACAUUUACAAGCAAGUAACCAAAAAAGCAAAAAGAUGUCAAGAUACUGAUGAGCCACCACCUCCACCCAGACCAAUGCUGAGGUUCUACCUUAUUGGUGGAGGAAUCCCUGUCAUAGUUUGUGGAAUAACAGCAGCAGCAAACAUCCGCAAUUAUGGCAGCAGACCUAAUGCACCUUAUUGCUGGAUGGCUUGGGAACCUAGCUUAGGAGCAUUUUAUGGACCAGCUAGCUUUAUAAUUUUCAUAAACUGCAUGUAUUUUCUCAGCAUAUUCAUACAACUAAAACGGCACCCUGAACGUAAAUAUGAGCUUAAGGAACCAGCUGAGGAACAGCAGCGUCUGGCUACCAAUGAACAUGGGGAACUGACUCACCAAGAUUCCUUGUCAGUGUCAUUAGUGUCCACAUCUGCAUUAGAGAACGAGCACAGCUUUCAAGCACAGCUUAUGGGAGUGAGCCUUACUUUGCUUUUGUACAUUGCUCUGUGGAUUUUUGGAGCUCUGUCCGUUUCCCUGUAUUAUCCUAUGGACCUGAUUUUUAGCUGUUUUUUUGGGGCAACAUGUUUAAGCCUCAGUGCCUUUCUUAUGGUACACCACUGUGUUAACAGGGAAGAUGUCAGGCAUGCAUGGAUAACAACUUGCUGCCCCGGAAGGAGUACGUAUUCUGUGCAAGUGAACGUUCAGCCCUCCAGUUCCAGUGGAACCAACGGAGAGACCCCCAAGUGCACCAACAGUAGUGCAGAAUCUUCGUGCACAAAUAAAAGUGCAGCAAGCCUAAAAAAUUCUUCUCAAGGUUGUAAACUAACUAAUUUACAAGCUGCGGCAGCUCAGUGCCACUCCACUUCCCUACCAUUAAACACAGGGCCUCAGCUUGAUAACAGUCUCACUGAACAUUCAGUGGAUAACGAUAUCAAAAUGCACGUAGCUCCAUUAGAGGUACAGUUUCGGACAAAUGGGCACCCAAGUCGGCAUCACAAGAACAGAAGCAAGGGGCACCGUGCUAGCAGGCUCGCAGUACUGAGGGAAUAUGCAUACGAUGUUCCUACGAGCGUUGAAGGAAGUGUGCAAAAUGGUGUACCUAAAAGCCGACCAAGCAACAGUGAAGGACAUUCGAGGAGCCGGAGAGCCUAUUUGGCAUACCGGGAACGUCAGUAUAACCAGUCCCAACAAGAUAGCAGCGAUGCUUGCAGCACGCUUCCAAAAAGCAGCAGAAAUACUGAAAAAGCAAUAGCUGCCAACAACAAAAAAGAGAUACUGAGGAAACCGAUAGUGGUUGAACUUGAAAACCAGCAAAAAUCUUAUGGCCUAAAUUUAGCCAUUCAGAAUGGACCACUUAAAAGCAGUGGACAGGAUGGACCCUUGCUCACUGCAGACAGUACUGGUAAUAUUAGAACUGGGUUAUGGAAACAUGAGACUACUGUGUAGCAUUAUCUUCAGUGUGGGACAAAUCCAUAUGAACUGUGAUUACACAUUCCUUAAAGCUAUUAAAUGCUUCUAAAGACUGUUUACAAAUUGUAGGUACUUUAUGCAGGGAUGGAACAGAGAUAAUCUGCCAAGCAAAAGAUUGUAUGCAUUAUUAUCUUUAUUCUUCCUACAAGGAUGAACUUUUGGUAUUUUGUGAUUUGUGUUUUGGGGUUUUUGUUGUUGUUGUUGUUUUCUUUUGAAGCCUCAAUCUUCACAGAACUGUAGAAUAACAAAACUGAGUUGGAAGGGACCUCUGUAGAUCAGCAAGUCUAGCCCCACUGCUAUAGCAGGUUCCGCACAGUAGGUUACAGGUAGGUUAGGGGAACAGUUCCUUCCGUGUGAAACUACGCUAUUUCCACAUAUCUAGUUACAUUAAGCAGUAUAUUCCCACUUACUUCUCUUAGCAGAUGGAUGUGAAAGAUGUCUAAUAAAAAAAAUAAUGAAUUUGACUACUGUCUACAGUACAGAUAGAGUACUUAGGAUGGAAAAAAGUGACAGGGAAAAGGAACGUAGACAGCACAGGCUUCAAAUAUAAAAGAUAAAGCCUGUUAAAUUAGGUUCAAAAAGUUUUAAGAGUUGUUACAUAUGUAUUUUUUCCAAAGUGAUGACUUUUGCAUGUACUUUGUAUGCAACAGCAGUCUGAUGCAUUAAAAAAAAAUCUGUACAGGCACAGAAGACAGAAACAGAACGGAUAAAACUUUGCAACUUGUCUUUUUUGCAAGUUUGCUUAACCGACUAACUCUGUUUAAUUAAAUUCUGACACAUCUAAUCCUCAUUCUGUCUUCAGUAAAAGAGUAGCUGAUAAACUAAAAGGGUCAAAUUAGCUCCAAUAGCGGUAGAAAAGGUUCCUCAAGAUUGAGCCAAAUUAGCACAGCAAUCACUUCUUUGAAUAGAGUACUCAUGUCUUCUGUUUCUGUAUCCCCUUACCAAUGACUGGAUUUUUACUGCAUUUUUCAGCCUUCGCCUUUCUUCCUCUUGCUUUUGCCUCUCCUGAGUGCGAUGCAGGAGAGAAGCCUUUUUUUCAUUCCUGCUCCCUCCUCUGAGAGACACCUUGAGCCUUCUUUUGAAAGCCCCCUCAAAGCUAAACAUGUUUACAGUUCAUCCCAUCCAGAGCUGAGCCCAGACCCUGAAGCUGACACCAUCAGGGGUGUCCCGGUUGGCCAACCAAGGGCUACAUGGAGGGUCCGCCUCCACCUCGGUGGCUUCACUUCCAUGGUCACUGUCCUUUCCGUCUGGUGGCUGAGUGUAGUUGGAAGGAGCAAAGGAGGGGCUGGCGGGGCUGCUGAUGUGCACUGGGGGAGCAGCCAGCUGCAUCUUGCUGAGUGAUGCGGAACACAACUUUGUACUUUUUUAUUUUUCACAUGUAACUCUGAAGAUGUGUCCACAACGCAUUUCAAGUUUGUAUUUAAAUGUAUAAUAAAUAGUAUUUUCCCCAGCA